UGCUUGAGUACCCGGCCGCAUCGGGGGAUUAUUUCUAUUUUUUUUUCUUCUUCUUUUUUUUCGGCAGGUGUGCUGUUGGAUCGAACAAGUUUCCAAUCGAACUAGUCACAUCUUGCCCGACUUGCGACGUGGCGGCAUGCAACCAAACGGGCUCUGCCGGUAUUUGAGUACAAACAGCUCACACCCCUUUCGCAUUCGCAGCUCCCAAACACGAAAACCUAUUUCAUGCUCGAGAUGCAGCGAGCGCAUCAAGCGUCCCAAGCUCCGAUUCUCCUCUCCGUGGUCCGUGGCUUAUGGAUUUCACAUUCCCAUCGGAUCGGACGGCUUAAUUAAUCAGAGAACCUUCGUCGCUCCAGUCGUCACGUUGCUUACAGUGUGCGCUUGCGUCAUGGUAUUAAGCCAGCGCGGGUGCAGAGUACACACCCCCACGAAAUGUUUGGCUCCCGUCAACUUCACCAUAUUGAUGAUGGGCUGCCGAUCGGAGCGGCCGGCAGUCUGUCGAAACGAUACCAACAGGGCCAGCCUCCCCUUCAUCCCGGUCUCAAGAGAAGCUGUUUAUCAACUGUCGAGAUGGCAUAUCAUAAAUUUCAUGGCAGUCCGUGCUGUGAGCCGGAGAGGAUAGUAGUUGGCUUCUUUUAGGAUGUCCCACUGGCCCAAUUGCUUCAGUCUUCGUAUCUGACAUGCUGAUGUGGAUAGGCCACUGUUGCUACGCACGAAAGAAGAGGUGCUCUGCUCUGUAACACAAUGUUGCAGCAUCUCCCGCCAUUCGGAUUGCG